ACCGGGGUGCGUGGGCGUGGCGCCGCGCGAUGCAUGCUGGGAGCUGUAGUUGGCCCCGGGGGCGGUGCCGUGCCGGAGCCGCCAUGCCGGAGGGAACGGGAGCGCUGCGGGAGGUGCUGCCCAAGCAAGGGCAGCUGUCGGUGGAGGACACGGUCGCCCUGGUGCUGUGCAAGCCCAAGAUCCUGCCCCUCAAGUCGGUGUCGCUGGAGAAGCUGGAGAAGCUGCAGAGGGCGGCGCUGGAGGCGGCCCAGCCGCCCGAGGCGGCCCCGCCGCCGUCCGCGGGGGCCGCGCCGCCCCGGCAGUAGCGCGGGAGGGUCGCGCCGGCCCCCGCGAUCGGAGUACAGCUGACAGUUUUCCACUGUCACCUACAUGGAACCAUUGUGACACCUGGAUCUUCCAGCUUGGUGCUGUGCUGAUUUCUACUGAGCUAAUGGGAAACCAGAGGAGAGGCAGCCUUUAUCCUCUGGGAAGCACUGAGGGGUGCUGCCUGGGAUUCACAGGAGGCUCAAGUAUUUAUCCCACCCUCAACAGUGCAGCUUCUUAAUACACAUUUUACCAGUCCAACUGUUUGUCCAUCCUCCAGUUUCCACUUCCAAUCAGUAACAUUUUGGUCUAAGAUGCUACAGUCUGUAACCUAUGAUAGGAAUGAAGAGCAGUGCCUUUGCCUGUCUACAAUGAA